AUGCCAACCGUUCCUACACGCGGCGGGCCUUCGGGUUCACGACCGACCUUCACUGGCGGAAAGGUUGUCCCUUUCCAAAAGAAAGGUCAAGUUCACCGUGGGGCUUCAGGAAAGACAGUCCUAGGAGGUCGUCGACAUCGAAAGAUCCUUCGAGAUUCGAUUACUGGAGUCACUAAGCCCGCUAUCCGACGUCUAGCACGCCGAGGAGGUGUCAAGCGUAUUUCAGCUGGAAUCUACGAUGAGGUCCGAGCUGCGCUCAAAUCGCGUCUUGAAGCGAUCCUCCAGAUGUGCGUCAUCUACGUUGAGUACCGAAACGCUAAGACUGUCACAGUCCAUGAUGUUAUUCACAGCCUCUCCCGUUUCGGUAGACCCAUCUAUGGCUUUGAUCCGGACACCUAUGAUGGUCGAAAUAAACCUAAGAUGUAA